UGACGCCGAUGAUUCCAUUGAAAACCAGAUAGAAGCGGCCGCGAACACCCGACGAAUCUUUCCUGAAGUGCUUCCCGACGACCCUGCCGAGCAAUGUUCAACAGUUAAAGACGCCAUUCAGCAAACAGCUGAAAUGCUGGCUAAUCUAGCGGCAGUCUCACUCGCGCAGGCGAGAUGUUUCGGACUUUCCGAGAAAAUCUUGAAAGAAACGUCUGAAAUACAAUCGAAGUUCGAACAAAUCGAGAAAAAUGAAGACCCCGCUAAUAUAGAAACAGUUAGUAGAGACAUGGAUCAACUCGUAGUUGCUUUUGCAAACACUAUUACGAUUUUAGCCACAUUUGCUUCAAAAGAAGGUGAUGAAACGUUAUCACAGAACCUUCUCCGCAUCCGCGAAAUCCUAUAUGAAGAUUCCUAUGACGACGAAAGAGACUACCUUGACAAACUCGAAGAUUACAGAGCGCUUACGAUUCUGAGAGCUUUUCAUUCGACUUUUCAUCCAGCACAAAGAGUCCAAAUUAUUAUUCGAGGACUUAACGAGGUAGAACUGAAAAACCUUUACUUGCGAGUGAUAGGAGCGCUCACUGAUGCUGACGUUCCAAGAACUCCUCGUUGAAGGCUUGACAGUCGCAGCUGAAUUUUUCUUGUCGCUUAUCAUUCGAAUUCGAGAGCAGUCAGCAAAGC